AUGAUAAAUUGUAAUGAGAGUGUGCUAAGAGAGAGAAUAAAGAAAGAAUUCAUAAAUAAUAAUAAAGAAGAAAUUGAAUUGAAAGGUAAAUAUAAAGAUAAAGUAACGAAUAUAAUAGUAGAUAUUAACAGAAAUAAUGAAAUAUUUAUAGAUAUACCAGUACCACUAAGGAAAUUGGCAUAUAAUAUGAUAUUUAUAGAAGUAUUUAAAAGAACUGAAAUGGGAUAUAGAUAUACGUAUAAUGAUAUACUAACAGUAAUUAAAGACUCUAUAAAUUAUAUAGGGAUAAUUAUGAAUAUAAUCAUAAAUAUAGCAGAAGAUUUACAAGAUAAUUAUAAAAAAGAAGUGUUUUAUAGAGUAAUGGGGAACAAUCAUAUGAUUAUAGCAGCAGUAUAUCAGCAUAGGAAUGAUUUCUUUUGUGAUACUAUUGAUAAACUCUGUGAAAUCCAUAAGAUAAAGAAAUUAGACUAUAAAUUAUAUUCAGAUGAUGCACUGAUUGGUCUUUUUGAGUCAAAUAAGUAUAAAAAGUGCUCAAGAUUAAAAAGAGCAUUAGAUAUACUAAUGAAAUACGGAGAUAAUCUAAUUAUAAGAGAUAAUAAUGGGAAUGAAAAAUCAAAUGCUAGAAAAUUAGGAAUAAGUAAUGAUGAUAUUAAAUCAUUACAGUUACUUAGAAGAGUACACCAAGAAGAUGUAUUCAGUAUUAUAAGUGUAGUAUAUGAUUCAAUUCACAUUAAAAAUAAGAACUGGAAUGAAACAGUUUCCAUUUUUUGGCUAUAUCUUUUUAUGUUGAAACUUUCCAUAUUUAUGGAUAUAAAAGAAGAUAUUCUAUCACAUAAAAGCACAAAAACAGUCGAUAUAAUCAAACAGUAUUUAAAGAACAUGGAAAAUGUAGAAAAUACUUUAAUUAUUAAGAACUCAAAUGCAUGGAAUAGGUUUAAAAGCAUUGAAAAUGACUUUAAAAUUAACCCAGAAGAGUUUAAAAAUAACGUAAUUCAAGAUUAUUUAAAACGAGUAAAAUCUAAAAUGUUAAUUCUUAAUGGCACAGUUAAUGCUAAAAUUAGAAAAGUGUUUAAGAAUAUUAUGCUAAUAAUUCUGAUUAUACUAAUGGUUAUGGGUACUAUAUUCUUAUUAUAUCCUAUUGAAGUAAAUAGAGUCUUAACUAAUAAUUAA